UUAUUCAUAAAAUAAAUAAAAGAUAUUAUUUAUACUCAGCAGUUGUUAAUUGAUUGUUAUUAUGUAACAUUUUUUAUUACUCUUGUAGUAAUUUCAUGACAAAUAAAGUUUAACUCUCAGUGAUCAUGUGCUAAGUACACUUAAGGUUUUUUUUGUAACUUACAAAAAACCUUUUCACAUUGUGGAUAUAAUUUCACAAUACUGUCUACAAUAACAAUGGAAUACGAUAAUGAUGAUACUUGGCGCCGUUCAUCAUCACCUCAGUUUAAGGAAAAGAAAAUAUGUAAACCAUUACCAAGGAGGUCAACCACUACUGCUGUUAUUGUCCUUGGCCUGGCAGUCUUAAGUUGUUUAAUGGGUUACUGUGUUCUAAGUGAGACCUUACCCUAUGAAUCAAAAACCUUGCGACUUGUUAUUAUCUUUUUUCGGCAUGGAGCCAGGGCACCAGUUAGUUCAUAUAAAAGUGAUCCCUUUAAAAACUAUCAGUGGCCAGAUGGCCUAGGAAGCUUGACUAAUGCAGGUAAACUGCAACUAUAUGAGCUGGGAAGAAAAUACCGAAGUUAUUAUGCUAAUUUCAUUCCUGAAGAGUAUCAAGAGAAAGAUGUUUAUAUUAGAAGCAGUGACUCUUCCCGUUGUUUAAUGAGUGCUUACACCUUCUUAGCAGGAUUAUAUCCUCCUUAUGAAAGACAAAUCUGGCAUCCUGAGAUAUUAUGGCAGCCCAUACCUGUACACUCUUUACCUCGAGAACUUGAUAAUAUAGUAGCAGCUACAAAACCGUGUAAGUCCUGGAAGCGAAUGUACCAAGAAUUGCUAGCUGAAAGAAAUGCUGAUAGUAAAUACACAGAGUUAUUUGACUAUUUAAGUAAACAUACAAAUCAAAGUAUGCGAAGUAUUUUAGAUGUAGAUUUCUUUUAUAGUACAUUACAAGCUCAAUAUGAAGCAGGCUUGAAACUUCCGGAGUGGACUAAAACUGUUUUUCCUACUAAAAUGAGACCACCAUUUAUGUUAAGUUUGGCGUUAUUAUCAUACAAUGAAUCGUUACAAAGAUUACAUACUGGCCCGCUUUUAAAUAAAAUAAGAUCACACCUACAAGAGGCAGUAAUGCACACAAACACUGAUCGGGCACUAUACAUAUAUUCAGGGCAUGACGUCAACCUAGUAUCAUUAAUGCGAGCAUUGGGUUACACUGAAAUGUUAGAGCCAGAGUAUGGUGCAAGCAUUUUGGUGGAAUUGCAUGAAGAGGUCGAACAGGACAAAUUUUAUGUCAAGCUCUUCUAUCGCAACAAUACGAAGAUAGAAGUUCCAAUGGAACUAAGAGUACCUAAUUGUAUGGAACCUUGCACUUAUGAGAAAUUUGUUGAACACCUCGGUACUCUGAUACCAUUGGAUUGGGAAGCGGAGUGUCAAAAUUAAUUACAUCUAAAAAUAUUCCAGCGAAGGAACACGUUCGUAUAAUGCAUUUUUUACAAAGCAUUAAAAGGUGAGCCAUAGACAAAACCUUUGCGAGGGGCGUGUCUUUGAAUCUAUACUUCAAUUUAAAGCAAUUUUUUUCAAUAAAUUGUUUUUAUGCAA